UUUGCCUGCCUCGGCGGCCGCUGCUGCGUCGCCUUCUAAAGCGUUAUCGACUGCGUGCAGCAGCAAACAGCCGAGCCGAGCAGCCCGAGCCAGUCGGGAUAACGCUCGCGGUUGCGUCGGGUGUGUGGACUGCGCCGUGACCGAGGAUCGGUGUGUAAGGACAGCAGAGUGGCUUAGAGUAUCUGCGCCGUCUCGACAACAAAAGGUGGGGGAAAAAAAAGAAGAAAAAAAAAAAAGGGGGGGCAGCAGACCCGGCGUUUAGCACCGCACCCCGCGCUCAGCCUUUUGAACCUCGUGCCAAUCCUUCCCACCCGGCACGCACUCUCGGUGUUGUUGUUUGCCGGGCGUUGGAACUGCUCCCCCGUACAGCCUUCGUCGUGUGCCGGCGGUCGGAAGCAACCGUGUGGCAUGCACGGCUGUUCGCCGCGUGCUCGGCCGCCGAGCUGGUGCGGCCACUGAUGAGGCAUUGCGGACUACCGCGCGCGGUGCCGUCGCCGACGGUAUGCAGCAUCGGCCGUCGUGCCGCCUGGACGGGUGCCCGCACGACGUGGUCGCGGUGCUGCUGCUGCUGCUGCUCGCGGUGGAAGUGACACCGGCAGCGUACAUCCACCAAGCGUGCGACAGCGAUGCCGACUGCGCGACCGUGGCCAACACCUUCUGCAAGGGCAACGAAUGCAUUUGCCUGCCAAAGUUCAGCCGCAGCUACCCGCCAUGCAACCAAGGCAUCGAGCUUGGGGAGAGCUGUUCCCGGCACGAGAACUGCGAGGUGAACGACAACAACUCGUACUGUCACCACUCCAUCUGCCGCUGCAAACCGCUGUUUCGGCGGGUCCUGCUUGUCAGCGAGAAUGUCACCCGAUGUCGCCGAGGUCACGAGCCCCGCGAGUCGUGCUACAAUGUGGAAGACUGCAACGGCUCCAACUACACCUGCUACGAGGGCCUGUGCAGGUGCCGCGAGGGCUUCUACAAGGACGAAGAGACCGACGACUGCAGGCCGAGGCGGUACCUUGACGAGACAUGCGCCCGGGACUCGGACUGCGACAGCCUGGUCAACAACUCCUACUGCAGCAGCGACCACUGCGAGUGCAAGAGCGGCUACAUCCGCGAGGGCGCUGUGCCCGAUGAGCAGCACUGCGAGAUAGACAGGGGCGGACGCGGCGCCCUUAAGAUCCUCUUCGCUCUCAUGCUUCCGGUGGUCGUGUGCGCGUUCGUGUACCUGUACAGGAAUCGUAAGGUUAACCAGGCCAACAAGAACCAGUCUGGAGAGGAAGAGCAACAGUCUGCAUCUUCACCGGCUCCACAAGGAACAUACUCUACGGAUACUGGAGUUAAGUCUCCCUCGGUGAACACCCCGCUGUCACCGAUGCCUCCGGACAUCAUCACCGGCAGCCCCAUUCAAGUACGCACCACUCUGGCCGCGGCCACCAGGGGAAGGCCUCCGUGCACUUUCAGCAUCAUGGUCUGACGCGCUGGCACUACUACGAGGUCAUUCCGCAGCCAUCUCUGCAAACACGAGGAAGCGUCAAAGCACGGAUUCUCGACGUUCAUCUUUACGACCGCUGCAGGAUGCGCAGAAGCGCUCCCAAAGGCUGCAGCUUGCACGUUUGGCAACUUUGAUUCUGAUUUUAC